UUUGAACUACCUCUCAAUCAGCGGUACCUCUUCGAUCAAACAAAAAAGGAGAAGAAGAAACACAGAGAUGGAUUCAGCUGCAACCCAAAGAUUGAUUUCUCUAGCAGCAACUUUCUGCCUAAUCCUCAUACAUACACCUCCAGCCAACUCCUUCAAUAACACCCCAUCGGCAUAUGACGUUCUUGAGGCCUACAACUUCCCAAUUGGCCUUCUUCCCUAUGGGGUCAGAGGCUAUGAUUUCAACGACACAACAGGUCAAUUUUCAGCCUAUUUCAGUCAUAGUUGCAGCUUCUCUGGAGGCUUCUACCAAUUGAAGUACGAGCCCACCAUCAAAGGUUACUUAUCAAAUGGCAUGCUAUCUAGCCUGGAAGGCGUCAGUGUGAAGUUGUUCUUUUUGUGGAUAGACAUAUCAGAGAUCAUCAGGAAUGGAGAUGGUCUUGAUUUCUAUGUGUGGAUUCUGUCCACCAGGUUUCCUGUUGACUACUUUGAGGAGCCUCCUCAAUGUGGGUGUGGCAUAAAUUGCAGUCCUAGGCAAGUAAGGAAGCUUAGAGCAAAUUAACCCUUUUGUUUCAUCCUCUUAUUAGGGGAAUUCAAUUGAGUCAAGUGCCGUACCUGAAUUUCUUUGAGAUUUUUGCUGGAUUAAUUUAUGUGGGUUGUGCUUAUUAUGAUGAAUUAUUGUUGUUUAUAGUUGAUCUUGGGAUGCCCGGCAAAAUAAAGCAGUAUUCCUUUUGAUAAAUGUGAAAAGAAGGGGAAAGUUAUAUGUUACCUUAUUCCUCAUAUAUAUAAGGUACAGAAUGUAAGUUAUGUAAUUAUAUAUGUAUAUAUCACAUACAUUUUUCAUCGAUUCA